CAAACCACAUUUCAAAAAGAGUGCGCUCCAUAAAUGUAUUAAAAACAACAGAGAAAACAGAGCCCAAAAGAGGAAAGAAGGAGAGAAAGAAGACCAAAGACGAAGGCCAGAGAGAUUUUGGUCUCGUUGUUCAGAUUCUUACCGUUGGUGGGAUUUUUGGGGGAAGGGGGACUAUGGACCCUGCGGUACUGGACGACAUUAUCAACAGGCUAUUGGAGUGUCGGCAGGUGCGGACGGGGAAGCAGGUCCAGCUGAUGGAGACCGAGAUCCGCCAGCUAUGCUCUGUUUCCAGAGAAAUCUUCCUCCAGCAGCCCAAUCUUCUGGAGAUCGAGGCCCCCAUCAAGAUCUGCGGUGAUAUUCAUGGACAAUAUUCUGAUCUUCUUAGGCUUUUUGAGUAUGGGGGUUUUCCUCCUAAUGCCAAUUAUUUAUUUCUAGGGGACUACGUGGACCGUGGCAAGCAGAGUUUGGAAACAAUAUGCCUUUUGCUUGCCUAUAAAAUCAAAUACCCUGAGAAUUUUUUUCUUUUGAGAGGGAACCAUGAAUGCGCUUCAAUUAAUCGAAUAUAUGGAUUUUAUGAUGAAUGUAAACGCCGGUUCAAUGUAAGACUUUGGAAAACCUUUGCUGAUAGUUUUAAUUGUCUUCCUGUGGCCGCGCUCAUAGACGAUAAAAUAUUGUGCAUGCAUGGUGGCCUCUCCCCCGAUCUAACAAAUUUAGAUCAAAUCAGGAACUUACCUCGUCCAACUGACGUGCCAGAUUCUGGUUUGCUUUGUGAUUUACUUUGGUCGGAUCCUAGUAGAGAUGUCAAAGGCUGGGGAAUGAAUGACCGUGGAGUCUCUUACACCUUUGGUCCUGAUAUAGUGUCAGAAUUCUUAAUGAAGCAUGAUAUGGACCUUGUUUGUCGUGCACAUCAGGUUGUUGAGGAGGGGUAUGAAUUCUUUGCUGAGAGGCAGCUUGUAACAAUAUUCUCUGCUCCUAACUAUUGUGGCGAAUUUGAUAAUGCUGGUGCAAUGAUGAGUAUUGAUGAAACCUUAAUGUGUUCUUUUCAAAUUCUUAAGCCAGGAGACAAAAAGUCAAAGUUCAUUUGAACAAAGCUGUGAACACUGCAGUCUGAUUCCACCUUAGACUUGCUAAUAAGCCUCUCCUCUAAUUCUGAACAAAGCACUGUGAAGAUGGAAAGGCUGGAUAAACUCCUUCAAACUUAAGUUGAAAAUCUAAUCUAGUAUCUCUUCCUCUACCUUGAAGGUAUGAGUUAUAGACCGAAAAUAUUGUCUUCAGAAGGAGCUUUGUGGCUUGUCAUUUUGCAACCAAUUGCUUUUUAGGGCGGUGGCAAAGUCAGAAAUUUUGAUUUUAGUUGAUUGUCAAAGCUGCAUGUCUCACCCAAAUUGUGGUGAGGAAUACAUUUGGUUUUGUAAGUGACUGCAAGUCAUGAUAAAAUAUGGACACCUCGGGGAAAUUGUUUGAGUUAAUGAAUUUAUAAGCCUAGUUCCUGAGCCCUGCAUUCGGACUCCUGCGGGGCAUUGGAAAUGUUGGAAUACCACUCGCAUUUCUCACAUGCUAUGACAAAGGUGUUGGCAUUACAAAGAUGCCUUCUUGUGGAAAA